AGGAGGCAGAGAGAGAGGUAGACAGCCAAGCGAGGACUGAGACCCACUGCAGGAUCAUCAGAGACUCCCUGGUCCUCAUCACCUUCGCUCCUCAUUGAAACUGCACCAGUUGUUUUCCAGACCUUUGUAAGCGGAUUGGUCCUUCCUCCAAGAUGCUCCUCCCCCUGCUGUAUCUGUUUGCUUUUGCCGGACUGGCAGAUGCAUCCUUUACCAUCCUAGUCAAUGAUAACACUCAGGUUGACACCAGCGAUUGCCCCAUCACUUAUUAUGGACAGGAGUACACAACCGUCUACACAAACUUCACCGGUGAAGACCUGUUUGUUUGUUUCAACGGCUAUUACAACCCUGAGGGCAACGGAGACUGUAUUAGGGUCCCGAAUACUGACAACAUAACAUAUUUUAUUUUAAAUAAUAAAAAUGAUCCUUCCUAUUGGACCGAUUUGACAAAUUUUGUCCACAGCUCUGUAAGCACCGUCACAAACAACGUAACAUGCUACUUGCACUUCCCUUACAAAUCAAGCAUGGCUCUGCUUGGAAUGGGGUCCCAGUCAGUUGUGUAUUGGUAUAACCCUCCACCAACGUUUAUUAGUGUUCUGGUCAACGGACAUUUGGUAGAAAAUGUGUAUGCUAUUCAAAACACUGAAGUUUUAUCAGACACCAGUGGAUGCAGAAUCUCAGGUCUUGGGGUGAAGCCUGGAACUACACGCCUAAAUCUUGAAACUUGUUCUUCUAUGACAUGCAGCAACAGCAGGAUUGCCUCUAUGGAAACUUGCAGCCUGCCGGGGCAAUGUGACGGCAACGGAACCUGCUCAGUGAAAGGACUCUGCACAGUGACCGGUCCUACUGUCAUUGACUUUAGUGGACAAAUCAACUCUGUGUCCGACCGGUGUGAGUACUCUCUGCUGCACGAUCAGUCUACUGGAUUCUCUCUGAAGGCCAACUUCCUGGAACGGCGUCGCAGAGAUGUGAGCUUUGUGGACAGUCUCACUCUGGACUUCAGUGAGAGAGAUGACAUUCAGCUGCUGCAAGGACACAGAGUCACGGUAGCAGGAUCACCUGUGACCCUCACCGGUUCAGUCCAGACAUUUAGUGGAGUUGAUCUCUCCAAGGACCAGACUGGAGUCACUGCUAGUUUUUCAGUCAAUGGCUUAUCUGUUUCUGUGUUCUUUGAUGGAACCACAGCUCGGAUCUACACUGAAACAUCUGCUGGUGGUUCUCUGGACGGCCUGUGUGUAGACUCCAGCAAUGUGUCAUCUUCAAUGCUCUCCAGUGACUCCAGCUGUCAGGAUCAGUAUGAAGACCCUGCUGAUGACACCAUUGACUGUGCUGCUGUCACUCAACAGUGUGACAUCCUAAAAUCUGCCCCGUUCUCCUCCUGUAACUUAUACGUUGACCCAGAGCCGUACAUUAUAGCCUGCAGAAGUACUCUGUGCAAAUAUCCUUCAGUGGACAAUCUCAGGUGUCAGUUCCUGAAGGCCUACGCCAAAGCCUGUGAGAAGAAACAAGUUGACCUGCAGAACUGGUGGACAACAGCUCAGUGCCAUCACCCACAGCCCAUCUGUGGAGACAAAUGCAGUGAUCAUGAGUUCUGUGGAGAUAUCCACGGAAAUACGGACUGUCGCUGUAGAGCCAUUUUUGCCUCCCAGUACACUGAACAGAACCGACUGGGAGGUCCAACUGUCUGCCAGGACAACACUGCCUCACUCACUCUGGUGGGUUGUCUCCUGAAGGAAAAAUCCAUCGACUACACUCACUUACACCUCAAUGACCAGACCUGCACAGGUGUGAUUGACCCGGACAGUCACAUGCUGAAAUUCAGCUUCAGCAGUGACAGUUGUGGAACGGAGGUCACGACCAACAACAGCCAGGUCAUCUUCACAAAUGCAGUUGUGACCCGUAACAGCUCCUCAGACGUCAUCACUCGUCAGGAUGAAGUCUUCAUUGAGUUCUCCUGCAGCCAUCCUAAACCUGAGUUGCAGAACGUGGCCUUCAAGAUUAUAGACAACUCUGUGGAAGUUUUCCUCCAAUCUGGAGAAUGGAAGUACAGCGUGACCAUGAAGGCUUACUCUGAUGCUGCCCAUACCCAACUUUUGGAUCCAAAGAGUGAUGUCAGGCUGAACCAGAAGAUCUGGAUUGUUCUGGAGACCAAUGGACUGGAUGAAGAUGUGGUUUCUGUGGUGACCGACUCCUGCUGGGCAACCAGUGAGGACUCACCCAACAGCGUUCCCAGAUACGACCUGAUCAGAGAUGGCUGUGCAAAUGCACAGGAUGGAACAGUUAGUGUGAUGGGAAAUGGAGAAGGAACCUCCAACUCCUUCUCCUUCAACAUGUUUGAGUUCUCUGGAAAGGGAACUUCAGAAGUCUACCUUCACUGCCAACUGCAGCUGUGUGUUAAGAAGAACAACAACUGUGUGCCGGGUUGUUCUGUUGCAGCUCGGAGACGCAGAUCUCUUAGACACAGACUGGGAUUUCCAGCCUUGAUCAGCAUGGCCUGGACCCAAUAAAUAAGAAUUCCUGUGGGUGAACUUGACCACAGUUGUCAAAAGUGUUUCGUAGAAGACCUUUCCUGACUUGAUCCUGGACUUGAACCCAAAUGUGU